AUCAUGCCUUCAGAGACGUGUUGUGAGAAACUUGAGAGUCUCUACAGAGAGAUUCGGUGUUUGCUUGUCACAAACAAUAUUAUAUUUUAUUGUAUGAUGCACAUUUAUUUAUUUAUAUAGAGUUAUACAAACAGUCUAACAGAUACUCAUUUUUAGUGCAAAUUUUCUAAACCUCUUGCAUGGUGUUGAUGUGAGUGUGAGUCGCUGAGAGGUUUUGUAUAAUAUAAAUACAAACACAGAGUCGACAACCGCUCAUAUAUUUACAUAGAACUGUACUUCAUAUGAGUUUUUAUUAUUAUAAAUUAACUGACAAAUAGUGUACAGGUGAUCACAUACAAGGUGAUCACAUACAAUAGCUGGUGGGUGAUCACAUAAAAAUAUCUGGUACAGUAUUAGUUAAAGUCAACAUAGUGCUCGAACCGAACGGAAAUUGAAAGGAAGAUGUCUCCGAUUUCAGUUUAUGCAGGGAAGAACAGUCUCCUGUCUCUGUCAGUGCCAGGUACAGAGAGCUGUGAAGCGGAGAAGUAUCCGUCCAAACGUGAGGUCAGUGUGGCCCACAAUUUCAAAAAGUUCGGGGCGGGGUUCGUGCUUCAUCAAGACCGUUUGUUCGUAGCAUGGGUCGAUAAAUAUUAUUCAUCAACGUAUUCAACCGCUUAUAAAGCUGGCCUUGGUUUCGGUGAUGAGAUCACAAGUAUCAAUGGAAUUCUAGCAAAGGAAUUUCGAGGGGAUGUCACCGAGGUGUAUGCUGCGCUAAAUUCUAGUCGAACACUGUCACUUGAACUCAUUGAAAAAACAAGCUUCACAGAACAUACCCUUGCCUUGUAUGCGGAUGACAGUGAUGGGGAAACAAGCAGUACGUCUCGGCCCAAAAAGAAAAGGCUGAUAGGUCUCUCUUUUAUCGAAGACGGCACAAUUGCUCGUGUCGAGCCUGGGAGUAUGGCGGCUUUGGCUGGGUUAAGACCUGGCCAGCGAAUCAUUAGUAUUGGUAACAGACAUACGGUUGGCACUACAGCCCGGGAUUUGUUGAAGAUUAUAGGUGAUUCACAAAACUGUAGUAAAACUUUGGAGGUGCUAAUUGUCGCGGCACCUGGUAAACUCGUCAACCGCUUGCGCUCCAGUUCUCAGGCCUUAUUGUCUGAGAAAGGCCUGAAAAUGGACUUGAAUGCAAUUUUGGAUAACGAUUUCAAUGUGAACUCGUUUGUAGGACCCCGACUAAGCAACUCACCGAGUAACACUUUUAGAGGAAAAAAGUCGAAAUCAUGUAACAACCUAUCGAGUAUGCUACUUGGUACGGACAGUUGAAUACUUACCUUUUGAAAGCGGAAAUUUGUAAACAAGUGCUGUUCAUGAUUACUCUGCUAUAAUAAACCCACUGUAUUUUAUCAAGGAGUGUUAUUUGACGUCAAUUUGAAUCAUAAUACAGUCAAAAUAUGCAUGAUCUACACCGCUAUACACUUUGCGCGUCUUUUCCCAUAACAAAUGAGUUGCACCGCUGACGGUUCGUGGUCGGUCAUUUUUACCAAGCAUGCGCUGACUCCACGCGAUAGCCGGAACGGCGACAGGCUAGCCAGUGACCUUUGCUUAUAGUGAUGGUAUAUCUGGUUGAUAUGCCCUGGAGACCAGACGUGGAUGAAAUAGAGGGCGGACAGAUUCCUGCUUUCCUAUCUAUCUACUAUAAUUGUGUAUUGCUGGGCUGAAACUUACGUCCAUUGACGAGGGCUUCAUAAAUCUUGCGUGUUGACAAUAUGGUGACCAAUUUCACCCGUGGAAAUGACAAGGCGGCACACAAACAGGUUGGGGUAGAACGAAAGGUAAAUGCAACGAAUCUUGCUUCUAUCUUGUAGCUUAUAAAUAGACGUCAAUUUACUGCCGGGAUCAUAUAACUCCCAAUCAUGUUUAAUGCUA